AUGGCAGACCUCUCCUCCCAGGUUCAAGACACAACAAAAGAUACUGCCUCUUCCAAAGAGCAGGAAUCCCCUGGUGCGUUCAAUAGUCCUUCACCAAGUUUGGCGCUUAUCGUCCCCAUUGCAGUCAAUCUUGAGUCAGUCCCCAGGAGCGGAGCUGGCGUCGUGAAUGAUGCCGGAGAAGUCCUAGAUGACGCCGGCAAGACCAUUGGCAAGAUCGCCGACCCCGAUAACCUCCAGAACCUCAUUGGCAACACCGUUAAUCAAGCCGGUGAUGUUGUCAGCUCUUCAGGCGAUGUCCUCGGCAAGACCCUGCCCAUAGGACAAGGCAAGCCUGAAGAGGAAGAGGACUCCCACGACGAGGAGAAGAGCGAAUACACAACCCAGUCCAAGGACAAGAAAUCUGGUGGUCUGGGAGACGCCGUCGGUAGCGUUACCGGCGCUGUUGGAAAGGCUGUUGGCGGAGCUACAGGAGCUGUUGGCGACACAGCAAAGGGAGCUACAGAUACCGUUGGCGACACAGCCGACACAGUGGGCGAGACAGGCAAGGAUGCCGUUGAAGGCGCGACUGAGGGCAUUGCCAACAAGUCAGACGCCACCUCCCAAGCUACCGACACAAAGACACCCGCCGAGACACCCGGCGCCCCAGAGGUCAAGGACAAGACACCCGAUGUCAAGUCUGACGACCAAGACCAAGACCAGAAGGACAUCAACCUCGAGGACCGCGACGCUCCUGACGCUGGAGAUAAGCUGAAGGAGGUUCCCCCAGAGUCCGAGGAGGCUAAGGAGGCAACCGACAAGGCAGAGGAUACUGCUGAGGGUGUUCCUGAACAGGCCAAGGAGGACGUUACCUCCAAGGUCGACGAGCAGGAUGUUCCCAAGCCUGAGGAUGUUGAGGAGAAGCUUCAGGAGAAGACCGAGGGUGCCCAAGACGAGGUUCCCAAGUCUGAAGUCCCUGACAAGUCUGAGGCCGCCGACGAACUCCCAAGUGGUGAAGCCCCUGGUGACGAUGGCGACAAGUCUAAGACUGGUGAUGACCUGAAGUCUGUGGCUCCUGGUGAGGAGGCUGCUGGUGUCACCGAUGAGGUCCAGGACAAGGCUGCCGAAGGUGAGGAGGCCGCUAAGGAUCUCCCUGAGGAAGCCAAGGACAAGGUCGCCGAAGGUGAAGAGACUGCUGAAGGCAAGGUUGCUGAAGGUGAAGAGACCGCUGAAGGCAAGGUUGCUGAAGGUGAAGAGACCGCUGAAGGCAAGGUCGCCGAAGGUGAAGAGACCGCUGAAGGCAAGGUUGCUGAAGGCGAGGAAGUCGCUGGCGAUGCUACCGAGGAGGCCAAGGACAAGGCCGCCGAGGGUGAAGAGGCUGUUGAGGAGAAGGCUGCUGAGGGCGAGGAGGCUGCUAAGGAGCCCCUCGACUUCACUAUCCUCAAAGGCACCACCGUCGACAAGGAGGGCAACCUCGUCAACGAGAAGGGCGACAAGCUCGGCAAGGUUGUCGAAGGAGAGCUCAAGCAGCUCAUCGGCCUCAGUAGUGAUGACCAAGGUGCCAUCUGGGACAAGACCGGCAAGCAGCUUGGAAAGGCCGAGCCCAUCCCCGAGUGGGACCGCGAGCAGCUUGACUUCUCCAUCCUCAAGGGUACCACCGUCGACAAGGAGGGUAACCUGGUCAAUGACAAGGGCCAUCUCAUUGGUCGUGUCAUUGAAGGCGAGAUCAAGCAACUCAUUGGUCUCACUGCUGAUGAGCAGGGCACCAUUUGGGACAAGACUGGCAAGAAGGUCGGAAAGGCCGAGCCUCUUCCUGAGUGGGAGCGUGGUGAGCAGAAGGAUUACAGCAUCCUGAAGGGCACCACUGUUGACAAGAACGGAAACCUUGUCAACGAGAAGGGUCACCUCUUCGGUAAGGUCGUCGAGGGCGAGAUCAAGCAGCUCAUCGGCUUGGCUUCUGAUGAGCAGGGCACCAUUUGGGACAAGACUGGCAAGAAGGUCGGAAAGGCUGAGCCUCUUCCCGAAUGGGAGCGUGGUGAGCAGAAGGACUUCUCUAUCCUCAAGGGGGCUGUAGUCGACAAGGAGGGUGGUCUCACCAACGACAAGGGAGACACCAUCGGCAAGGUCACUGAGGGUGAGGUCCGACAGCUCGUUGGCCUCAAAUCUGAUGAGAACGGCAAGAUCUGGAGAGACGGCAAGGUCGUCGGCCAGGCUGAGCCUCUCCCUGAGUGGGACCGCGUCCAGAAGAAGGACCGCUCCAUCCUCAAGGGCACCAAGGUCAACAAGGUCGGCAAGCUCGUCGACUCCAACGGCACUGUUGUCGGUAAGGUUGUUGAGGGUGACCUGAAGGAGCUCGUUGGCAAGCGCGCCGAUGAGAACGGCGAUAUCUGGAACGACUCCGGUGAGGUUAUCGGCAAGGCUGAGCCUGUCUCUGUCUCCGAGCGUGAGGACAAGUCAUCCGCUCCUUUCGAGCACUUCCCCGGCGCCACCGUCGAGUCUGACGGCCGUGUCAUGUACCAGGGCGAGCAGGUUGGUGAGGUCAUCGAGGGUGACCCCAAGCAACUCAAGGGCAGCGAGGUCGACGAGGAUGGUGACAUUCUCGACCGCCGUGGCAACACUGUCGGUAAGGCCAAGCGCUGGGAAGCUCCCGAGGCUGAGGAGGAGAAGCCCGUUGACAAAUCUGCUCUUGCUGGUAAGCGCGUCAACAAGGCCGGUAACCUCGUCAGCGAAUCUGGCGAGAUCUACGGCCGUGUCGUUGAGGGCGAUGUUCAGAAGCUUGUCGGACGCAUGUCUGACAAGGAUGGAAACAUCCGAAGUGAGUCUGGCGACAUCAUUGGUAAGGCCGAGCUCGUCUCUGAGGGUGAGCGCGGCGGCAAGAAGGAGGGCCCCUUCGCUCAGCUCAAGAACUGCACUGUCUCCAAGGAUGGUAAGGUCGUCAACGGAGCUGGCGAGGUUGUUGGCCGACUUGUCAUUGGUGACGCUAAGGCUCUUGCCGGGCGUGCUGUUGACGAUGACGGUGAGAUCACCGACUCCAACGGUAAUGUCAUCGGUAAGGCUGAGCGCUGGGAGGAGCCUGAGAAGGAGCAGAAGCACAACCCUCUCGCUGGCCGAAAGGUGAACCGUGAGGGUAACGUCGUUGACGCUGAUGGUAACAUCAUUGGCAAGCUUACCAGCGGUGAGCUUCUCGACUGUGCUGGCAAGGAGAUUGAUGAGGAUGGUGAUGUCUUCAACCAGAAGGGAUCUGUCAUCGGCCACGUCUCUCUUCUCGAGGAUAUUCCCAAGGAGGAGGAGCCCGAGCCCGAGGGUGAGACUGAGGAGGAGAGACUCAAGCGCGAGCAGGCUGAGGCCGAAGAGGCCAAGAAGACUGAGGAAGCUGAGAAGAACAAGAAGCUUGCUCAACAACUGGCCUACCAGAUUGAGCAAACUCUUGAGAGGCUCCGACCCAUCUGCAAGUCCAUCAAGGACAAGAUCAGCGCUGCUGAAGCUCAGAAGCCUGAGGAUCGUGAUGAGGAGGAACUUGUCCGACAAGUCAAGCCUCUCAUCGAGGAUGGUGGUAAGAUCCUGACUGAGACCAAUGGUAUCAUCCGCGGUCUUGACCCCGAUGGCCGUAUCUCUCGCAACGCCAAGCAGAAGACUGCUGCUGGUGAGGCCACUCCUGAGGAGGCUCACCUUGCCAACUUGCUCAAGGAGCUCUCGACCGAGAUUCAAACCACCAUUGAGGAGGGCAAGCGCAAGCUCGAGGGUAUGCCUCACGCUAAGAAGGAGAUCAACCCUCUCUGGGGUCUCCUCGCCGAGCCUCUCUUCCAGAUUGUCGCCGCUGUUGGUCUAUUGCUCAGCGGUGUGCUUGGCCUUGUUGGCAAGCUUCUCGGCCCCAUCUUGGGUCCUCUGCUCAACGGUCUUGGUCUUGGUGGUCUGCUCGACGGUCUUCUCGGAGGUCUUGGUCUCAAGAAGAUCCUCGGUAGCCUUGGUCUUGGUGACGUCGUCGGCACAGUCACCGGCGCUCUCUCAACCAUCAACAAUCACCAUGACCAGCUUGCUUCUGGCGUGGCCUUCCUGAACGAUGCAACGAUGCGUCUCUUCCUCAUACGCCAUGGAGAGACAGUCGACAACGUCGCAAACCUCUAUGCCGGGUCUCGCGACUCAGCCUUGACUGCCCACGGCGUGAUGCAAGCUCAACGGCUAGCAUCUCACCUCGCUGAGCUCGUCACCAUUGAUCGCAUCUUCUCUUCGAAUCUCAGUCGCGCGGUGCAUACCGCACAGGCUAUCCUCGAUGCGCAGAAACGCGCGAAGGAUCUGAAAUUGAUUCAGGUGCCGGAGCUGAGGGAGAAGGACUUUGGGACGGGCGAGGGUACCAAGUUUGGGUCUGCGACGAAGCAUGAGGGUUCUGAGACACCGCUGGCGAUGAAGAAGAGGGUUGAGUUUUUUUUGGACGAGCAUUUGCCUCGACUGUACGAAGACUCGACCGUCUGCAUCGUUGCCCAUGGUAUCAUUCUCGGCACCUUCUACAAAACACUCCGCGACAGAACCUCAUCUGCUGGUCCAGAUGCUGAACCGGAAGGCCAGGCAUCUGCUUUUGUGCGCCCUUCAUGGAGCAACACCGGCUACAUCGAGGCCCUCGUCACGCGCGACUCUUCCGACAAACAUCUCCAGAUGCGCGUCGUGAAGAUAAACAGCGUCGACCACCUCAAAGGUCUGAAAAAGACCCGAGGCGGAAUUGGCAGCGCCAAGUUCGAUGCCAAACAAAAGACGAUGGACUCAUUCUUCAAGCCAACGUCGCGAAAGCGCAAGCUCGAAGAUGAGGACAUCAUAUCUCGCUAA